AUGCAGGUCAUGGUCAACAAGAGUAAAUGUGUUUCAGAAGAACAAAGGCGACUGCAAAAGUUUGCCCUCUUUAGGAACUUGAUCCAGGUUGGCGACCACAUUUCCGUCAUCGGACACGCGACUCGUACGAAAGCAGGAGAGCCGACCCUUGAAGCCACUCAGCUUCCAGAACUAGUGUCUCCUUGCAUGGAACAGGUUCCGGAAAAGCUGACCGAUGCCAAGACCAGAAUGACUGAGCGUCAUGUCGACAUGCUCGUGAAUCGGGAGGUCACCGACAUUCUUCGACUGCGAGCCAAUAUCACCAAAUACAUGAGAGAUUACUUUCACUCGAAGCGGUUCCUGGAAUUCCAGACGCCCAUUCUAGCCGAGAAUGCCGGGGGAGCCGUGGCACGACCGUUCGUCACCAGAGCUACAGAGUUUCGCAACCGGGAUCUCGCUCUGCGGAUAGCUCCAGAGCUGUGGUUGAAGCGGCUCGUCAUUGGCGGGGUGGACAGGGUGUUUGAAAUCGGUCCCGCCUUUAGAAACGAAGGCGUGGAUGCCACUCACAAUCCGGAAUUCACCAUGUGCGAGUUUUACAGCGCGUAUACCAACCUGCCCGACCUCGUCAAGGAGACGGAGGAACUUUUGCACGGCUUGGCAAAACAUGCCCAGGAGCUCAUUUCCACCCAACUCACCACCCUUCCGCCGAUUGAUCUCGGCCGGUUUGUCCGGCCCUUCAAGCAGGUCGAGUUCAUCCCUGGCUUGGAGGCAGCCACGGGCAUUCGCUUCCCCAAGCUGUCCUCGGAGGAUGCCCUCCCGGAGCUUCUUGCGGUCUUGAAGCUCGCCGGAAUCAGCGUCCCCGGCGAAGUGCCAGACUCUCUGCCCAAGUUGCUGGACCGCCUCGCGGCUGUCUAUCUGGAGCCCCUGUCCUUCACAGAACCCCUGUUCAUCACCCACCACCCGGCGUGCAUGUCGCCGCUCGCCAAGGCAUUCGUGUGCCCCCAAACCUACCAGCUCGUUUCCGCUCGCGCGGAGCUCUUCGUCGGCGGCCGCGAGCUGGCCAACAUGUACGAGGAGGAGAACGACCCGGAGGAGCAGCAGCGAAAGCUCUCCGCCCACCGCAGCCUCGUCAACGAGCCCAACGGCGAGCUGGGCUUCGCGAACAAUCUUGCCCAGGGACAGGAGCAGAUGCCCGGGCAGGAGGAGCCGACGCCCACGGAGGAAGCCGAGCCGGACGAGUGGGACGCCCCUCCCCUGGAUCAGAGCUACGUGAAGGCUCUGGACUAUGGGCUGCCCCCGACCGGAGGCUGGGGUUGCGGAGUCGAACGCCUGGUCAUGCUGUUUUCCGGAGCCAACAGGAUAAGCGACUGCCUCAGUUUCGGGACUCUGCGCAACGUCGUUGGCCUGUCGUCAGAAGACAAGGCGGUCGACAAGGACAUGGGAAGUCGAUGA